AGACGUUUGGUUCUUAGCCAAUAAAAUUCAAGGAAGCCGAGCGAAUAUAGGAAGACUCGCAACAUUUAUUCAGUCCGGCAGUCUAAUGAAAGCUAAUACUUUUGAUCAACCUCACUGUUAUUUUUACGGUGAUAAAACUUCUGUCAGUCCCGUUUUUUGUCUCCGGUUGUGGCGUGCUCCUUGUUGACGUUAAUGACGGUUGCUGACAGUGUUUCCUUAGCGCUCAUCAUGCCUGUACGAGCAGAGUGCCACUGUCUAGCCGGCGCGGCCUGUCCAUCCUCGGCCUGUCUUGUUCCUCCUGCGCCUAUCAACACCCAACAACCCGGGGUGGCCACCUCUCUGCUCUACAGCGGCGCGCAGUAUAAGGGUUAUCAGAGGAGCAAAGGGAACUCGUAUGAUGUCGAAGUUGUUCUGCAGCAUGUGACGAUGGACGACUCAUAUUUGUGUGGAUACCUGAAGAUCAAAGGCCUGACUGAGGAGUUUCCCACUCUCACAACGUUCUUUGUUGGUGAAAUAAUCAGUCGCAGGCGGCCUUUUUUGACCCGGAAGUGGGAUGCAGACGAGGAUGUGGACAGAAAGCACUGGGGGAAGUUUCAGGCUUUUUACAAGCAUGGCAAAACCUUUAACUCGGACAACUUUGACUACAAGGCGUUGGAAAACAGUGAUUACAUCUUCAUGAGGUGGAAGGAGCAGUUUCUUGUUCCAGACCACACGAUCAAAGACAUCAGCGGCGCCUCCUUCGCUGGCUUCUACUACAUCUGUUUCCAGAAGUCCACAGCCACCAUUGAGGGCUACUAUUACCACAGGAGCUCAGAGUGGUACCAAUCACUAAGUCUGAAUCAUGUUCAGGAGCAUAGUAUGCCUAUUUAUGAAUUUCGGUGAUAUGAAAAAACUCUUCGUCAAGAUACGAUUAGUACCGCCCUGGAGUUUACUGGAACAUGACGCCACAACACCGAUGGACACCCAGUUUUCCUCUCUUGGAGGAAGCUAACAAGUGGCCAGGUGCUCAUUUCCUGAUUUGCAAAUAGGAAAGCACAAAUUGAAGACGAGCUGGACGAAAGAUCGAUGAGGCAAGAACAGUCCAGACUGAGCUGCUGACGAGAAAAAAAAAACACGAUUUGUUUCUUGUUUGGCUUUUUUAUUAUUGUUAUUAUUCUUUGCCAUCAAGUGUUUUUUGCGCUACGUGUUAUUGAACAUCACAGUAGAUCACAAUAGAUUCUUGAUUAUGGAGACACGUUGCACUUUUAGUGAAGGAUUGUGAAGGAAAAGGCUAAUUAUGUUCAACAAAGAAAAUCUUAUAUUUAAUAGAAGAUAUGUUUAAUAACACAUAGUGAUUUAUUGGUAGUUUAUGGCUAAAGGAUUCUGUUAUAACAAAGAGGGUUUAUUUUAUGCAAGAUGAUGAAUAAUUUUGAUAAGAGAAUGUUUAGUUGAAGUGAACCAGCUGAACGGGUACCAGCUGGAUCAGAACGGGUCGGCGAUAAUCAUGGUUUCCUCCCAUGGUUUUCUAUGCAAGCCAAAGAACUUGAGUGGAAAGAUUUUCUCUUGCCUCUUAAAUGUUUAAUUUAUUAUAAUUCAGACUGCUGCUUUAUGUAUGCGACAAGGCAUUAAUGAUUUGUCAAAUAAGAUGUUUCUGAAAUCCCAGACCCAAAAAUAGAGUUUUCGAGGUUUUGGGGGAAGGACAAGAAAACAUUUGGUGACUUGUCCUUUGAGAAUUUUAGAGGUUUUUUUUUUUUUUU